GAACUAGUUCAUCGCUAACAGAGUUGCACAACAGUUCAGCAACUGAAAAGUAAAAAUUAAUAUUUGUUAACUAAACUACUUUAAUAAUGCUGCGAGCAGGCUGCCAACUGCUUACGCAGUCCGCCCUGCCCGCCGGAAAGACGGGAGGCAACAGUUUCGCCCUGGAGUUCGUCCGCUGGCGCCGAAAACCGCGUUGGCUGCCGGUGGCCAAGAGCAAGAUGUUCCGCGUGCCCGAGCGCACGAAGCAAACGGAGGAGGAGCGCACGGAGCUGAUGAGGCUCCACAACCAGUACAAAACCCAGCUCCGCUCAGUGCGUCAGUUUCUAAGGGAAGAGGUCGUCCGUCAUGAGGAGACCUCCACCGCUGACCACAUCGUGCUUACACCUGAACAGGAGGAGGCCGAGUUUCAAAAGUGCAUGGACGCCAACGCUGCCUGGAACGCGACCAUUGCCAAGGAACGGGAUCAGCGUUUGGCCAAGGAGCGAGAGGAGAAGGUGGCCUAUGUUCAGGAGCGAUUGGACGCAAGACAGGUGCGCGAGGAAGAGCGCAGGGAGCAAGCCAAUCAGCGGGUUCUGCUCGAGAUCGAGCUCUCCAAGUCGUACAUCACCAAGGAAAACUUGGACGCAGCCAUCGAGACGGCCUUGGCCAAUCCCGUGGAUCACAACUUCGCCAUCGACCUGGCCGGAAAUCUUUACCAGGGACGCAGUACCUCUCAGCUCCCAGAUGCCACUCCCGAAACGAACCAGCAGGUCCUGAGUAAUUAAUCGAUUGUCAUAGUUUGUUGUUACAUUAAAAAUGCUUUUUAACUAAAA